GCUACUUCCGGCUACUGCACAGUGGUCAGACCCCCCUCCUUCAGUGCCGUGUGAUGGGAGAGCCCGUAGGGGGGGGGAAUAGCUACUUCCGGCUACUACACACUACGUGCAGGGAGAGAGGUGCGGAACGUUUUCGUGGCGGUAAGCUGCUCACAAUUCCUGCAAUCCAUCCACACAGUUUGCUUAGAAAUAUGGAGUCACUAAGACGCUUGAUGUCUAGAAAGAAGGAUAACCCUUGGAAAACAGUAAAUGACAACUGGGAUGAUUUGUUAAAAACUUUUCGUAUUUCAACUUUAGUAGCCAACAAAGACAGGAACCCUUGGAAAGGAUGGUGUAGAUCCUGGGAAAUGUAUGAGCGAACCCAUUCAAAAACACCCAAGUCAGGCAAGGAGAGGGCAGCUGUGUGGCGAGAGCUAUACAACUUUGCAAAAUUCACUGAAGAUAGGUUAGAUGAGGCAACGGCCAUGCACCAACAAUUGACAAAGCAAGCGGCUGAAUUUACAAACCUUCAAAACGAGAACUUACUUUUGAAAACAAAAUGCGAGUCACUUCAAAAAAAGUUUGAUUACGAAGCAACAGCCAUGUGGAAACGCUUGGAAACGCAAACGGCUGAACUUGCAAACCUUCAAAACGAGAACUUACUUUUGAAAACAAAAUGCGAGUCACUUCAAAAAAAGUUUGAUUACGAAGCAACAGCCAUGAGGAAACGCUUGGAAACGCAAAAGGCUGGACUUACAAACUUUCAAGAAGAGAACUUUGUUUUGAAAACAAAAUGCGAGUCACUUAAAGAGCAGUUACACUCUGAACAGAUUAAAAAUGUCAUGGAUGAACACCGUCAUAAAAAAGAACUAGAGGAAGAAGUGAAUGAAAAACAGCUGGCUCAAUAUGAAAACAAUGAAUUUUUAAAACAACGUAAUGAACUGGAAAGGCAAUUAGUGCAAGUAAAGCAAGAUCUGAAAGUUUACCAAAUCCACAACUAUAACCAAUAUCACAAGAAUAUCACUGUUGUGAAUUGCCAACACCACUUAGAGGGAGAAGAAAGCUGGCAUGAGCAGGCAAAGAGAGCAGGAGUGGGGUGCCCAUCAUAUUACAAGAUAUGGGAGAGACUAGCCAACUAUGAGGAUCCUAAUACACCCCGCAAUGCUACUUUUUGGCAACUUGUAAUCCGCCUUAGCAGACGUGAAGAUCUUGGAACAAGAGAAGCAAUAUGAGCUUCUAAGGUGUCUCAAGGAACAGAAGUUAUUGAAUAGCUACAACUUCAAGCAUUAAGACAAAUUGGGAGGAGCCUUUCUAGGAGAAGAGCUGCUGCUGCCAAGUUUUCCUUCUCUUUUUUUUUAAUUGUGGGUGGCUAUUUUACAGCAGAAAGCGUCUUUGUCGGCUCCCAAGAUAUUUUGUAUUUAUCCGUAAACUAAGUGAUAGAUCACAGUAUUGGAUAAUUUGCUAGUCUACUAUAAGUCUAGUUGAAUGUGACCAACUAUUACUAGCUAUACCAUGGCCUGGAUAAAUGCCAACUUUCACAAACCCUCACAUUUCUCUAACUAUCUAUUUUAACCAACUAUUUUAUAUUAUUGUUUAAUCUAAAUUUGAACUUUUUUUAUUAAGACUGUCAUGAUAUAUAAGCUGCUACGAUGUGGACAUUCCAUUUAAAUUCUAUAAAAAUGUGGGUUGCCAAAACUGCCGCGUGCACAUGAUCAUUUUUCGUCAUGAAAAAAACGAAGUUUUAA